AUGGACGAGCUGGCAAAGACGUUAGAGGCGUACGCUGGCGGUCUGCAGCAAUCGUUUGAGUCGGUCUCUGAGCGCGUGGGACAGAGUUUAUCCCAGAGCGCGCAUUUGAUGCGCAUGAUGAACGAGGUGAUGGAGUCAGCCAUGCUACAGAACCUGUGGAUAUCCUCCGGUUACCAAGUCAAAGCAGGACUUAUCAUCGAGGUGAAUAACCGGUCGGAGAUCAUGCUGGGUCAGACGAAGAUCCGUGCGCAACUGUACGGUUCAGAAAAAGCUUUCUUCUCUGCUACGCUUGAAUCUCUCCGAGCUGGGGGGCAAGUCCAACUGCAGGCACCGAUUCAUGACGCCCCCGGUCAGAUUGCAGGAUUUAUCGAGCUGGAGUGUAUCAGCCCAGGCACUCAACAACCACUUACUAAACGCUCACCGUUCCGAGUGUUUUACAUCCAACUCGGCAGGUUUCAAGCUCUACUGAGCGGAGAGGAAGGAGCUGCUCCAGGUCCGACUGAAGUGGCGGUGGCUUCGGACAGAUUCUUGCUUGAAAGAAUGCGAAACAUUCUGGACCUCAGUCCAAUCGACGGUAUUUUGAAAGACGAACAGGGCAGGUAUCGCUUCCACCCCGAAUUUCCGCUACGCAACAACCCUGUGCUUUAUCUCUCCGUGAAGACGGGGGGAGCAGGUGACCCAGCAUUUCAAGUCACGGUGUCUGCUGCAGGAAGUGCCCACACCGCUGAAGAUCGUCGACGUCAGUGCCAGCAGAUAAUCAACGAGUUGGAGAUCGACGACGCCGACGAUUCAGACUACUACAGUAAAUGA